AUGUUGUCCCCAUCCACCCCCGACUCGUCCCAAUCAGACCCCAAGCCCUGCUCUUGCCCCAACGCCAAUCUAUCACUCCCUAUCUACGACAUCACAUCUCUCUCCCUUCUCCCUGCCGAGCUCCGAAACCUUGUCUUCGACUUCUUGACCGCCGACACCUGCCCUACCCACACUAUCGCGCUCGCUCGGCUUUCGAAACACCACUAUGCGAAUCUCAUCCCUCGUCUGUACAAGUGUAUUGUCGUGACCGACGAAGCCAUCGAUCUGGGUUUCCGGGACUGGAGCUGGGGAGGAGCGUCUACUGAGCAAGAGGAAACUUCUUGGGACCUGUGA